AUGGAGAAGGUCAACACCACAGAGCGCCUUACUCGGCUAAGAGAGCUUAUGAAACAGCGCAAGCUCGAUAUUUACAUCGUUCCUAGUGAGGACAGCCAUUCUUCCGAAUAUAUCGCACCAUGUGACGCAAGGAGGGAAUAUAUAUCUGGCUUCUCUGGUUCAGCGGGGACAGCAGUAAUCACGCACGAGAAAGCCGCACUCGCGACCGACGGACGAUACUUUAACCACGCGUCGAAGCAGCUUGACGCGAAUUGGCUCCUGCUCAAGCAAGGCCUACAAGAUGUUCCUACGUGGCAGGAAUGGUCGGCAGAGCAGUCUGAAGGAGGCAAGGCUGUUGGCGUCGAUCCAAAGGUUAUAUCUGCGUCAGAGGCGCGGAAACUAUCCGAAAAGAUCAAGAAACGGGGCGGCCAAGAGCUGCUGGCGAUAGAUGAAAACCUUGUGGACCUCGUCUGGGGGAGCAGCCAACCACCUAGGCCUAGCGAGCCGGUGAAGAUCCUGCCGAAGGCCUUUGCAGGAAAAGAAGUGAAGACGAAGCUCGAAGAACUUCGGAAGGAGCUGGAAAAGAAGAAGAGCUCUGGGUUCAUCGUUUCGAUGCUGGAUGAGGUUGCUUGGCUGUUUAAUAUGAGGGGGAACGAUAUUCCAUACAACCCAGUAUUCUUCUCUUACGCUGCAAUCACACCCACGUCGGCUACGCUAUACGUAGACUCGUCGAAACUGGGCAGCGAAUGCAAAACUUACCUUACUGAAAAUGGGGUCUCUGUCCGACCAUACCACAAGAUAUUCGAUGAUACCGAAGUUCUAGGCAAAUCUCUGGACACGAAAGAAAGCGGUGAUGGUGUGCCGGAAGUCAAGAUUAAGAAAUUCUUGGUGUCAACGAAGACAUCUUGGGCGCUGAAGCGAUCAUUGGGUGGAGAGACCAAGGUCGAAGAGAUUCGAAGCCCCAUUGGUGAUGCCAAAGCUGUCAAGAACGAGACUGAGCUUGAGGGCAUGAGAGCCUGCCACGUCCGGGAUGGUGCAGCUCUGACUGAGUAUUUCGCCUGGCUGGAACACCAGCUCACCGUUGAGAAGGUAGAACUCGAUGAGGUCGUUGCCGCAGACAAGCUAGAAGAGCUCCGGAAAAAGCAAAAGAACUAUGUGGGACUCUCGUUUGACACGAUCUCAUCGACGGGUGCCAACGCGGCGGUGAUCCAUUACAAGCCUGAAAAGGGGAAUUGCUCUGUCAUUGAUCCUAAGGCGGUCUAUCUGUGUGACUCGGGCGCUCAGUAUCUUGAUGGUACUACCGACACCACUAGAACGCUCCAUUUCGGAGAACCGACAGAAAUGGAAAGAAAAGCGUAUACGCUGGUGCUCAAGGGGAACAUCGCUCUGGAUGUUGUUGUAUUUCCCAAAGGCACUAGUGGGUUCGCCUUAGAUACGCUGGCCAGACAAUUCUUAUGGGAAGAAGGUCUAGAUUACAGACACGGUACAGGUCACGGUGUCGGCUCAUAUCUAAACGUACAUGAAGGGCCAAUCGGAAUUGGGACCCGGAUACAAUAUUCCGAAGUUCCUCUGGCGCCAGGCAACGUGAUAUCAAACGAGCCUGGCUACUACGAAGACGGAAGCUUUGGUAUCCGCAUCGAGAACAUCAUCAUGGUAAAGGAGGUUGAGACCAAGCACAGGUUUGGUGACAAACCGUACCUUGGUUUUGAGCAUGUAACCAUGGUGCCAUACUGCCGGAAACUCAUUGACGAGGAACUCCUGACAAGGCGGGAGAAGCAUUGGUUGAACGAGUAUCACGCCGAUAUCUAUGGCAAGACCAAGCAUUUCUUCAAGCCUGAUUCGGUGGCGAUGAAGUGGUUGGAGCGCGAGACGCAACCAAUUUAA